UCGAGGCUCGAGCAACGCCAGCCACAAACCCCACGGCCGAGGAGAGCAAUCGGCAGCCCGCACCGCCGCCGCCGCCCACCUACCUAUCCCUACUCGUGGCAGACGCACCAGCGGACACGCGGGCCUGCCGCCGCACCCCGUCCGUCCUCCGCCACCCUCUCCAGGAUGCUGCUCCGACUCACGUGCGCCCACCCCGCGCCGUCCGCGGCAACCCGGUGGAGGCCGCCUGGGCGCGCGCGGCCGGCGCCGCGCUUCCGACGAGGGUGCGCCUCCUCCUUCUCGGCUGACGGUAACGGCGCUCCGAGCUCUCCGCUCCCGUAUGACCCUUUGGCGGAUAUCCUCGGCCCGGACAUCGGCCCCAGCUCAUCACGUUCACAGAAUACAGCACCUAUUGCGGAGAAGGGGAAACUGAGGUCCUGGGUCGGUCCAAAUGGGCAAUACUACCGUGAGCUGCCUUGCCCUAGCUGCAGGGGUAGAGGUUACACUCCAUGCAAGCAGUGUGGGGUAGACAGAUCAAGCUUGGACUGCCCUAUGUGCAAUGGCAAGGGCAUUAAGGUGUGUCUACAAUGUGGUGGAGAGUGUGUGAUAUGGCAGGAAUCCAUUGAUGAACAGCCAUGGGAGAAAGUACGGUCAAGCUCUCCCUUGAAAGUAAAAGAAGAUGAUGAAGUCGACAAGUUAGAGAUAAAUAUCGACACCCCAAAAAGAUCAAAGCGCACUUAUCCUUCACCUUCACCGGAAGUUGCCAUGAAGAUUAGCCGAUCAUUAAGAAGUCUGAAUGCUCAAACAGGAUUGUUUACUAAGCAUAUGAAGAUUAUACACCAAGACCCUGAAUUGCAUGCUCAAAGAGUUGCUGCAAUCAAGAGAACAAAAGGUACUGCUGCUGCAAGAAAGCAUGCUUCUGAAACUCAAAAGGCUUUCUUCAGUAAUCCUGAGAAUCGACUAAAGAGAAGCAUUGCUAUGAAAGGGGUGAAAUUUCACUGCAGCAGAUGUGGGCAAGAAGGACACAGAAGCUUCUAUUGUCCAACAGUGAGGAAAGGUUCGGCCAGAGUGCAGUUCAAAUGCCGAUUAUGUGGCAUGGAAGGGCAUAAUAGCCGAACAUGUGGCAAGCCAAAGUCAGAGAAAGAGCAGCAGCGACAACCUCGGCACUGCGGCCGAUGUGGUGAAAAGGGACACAACCGCCGCAACUGCCCUAGAUCUACUAAUGUGGAUAUUGGUGCUUCAGGGUAUACGACUAACAAAGUUACUGGUCCUAAUUCAGGUAUUUAUUCAUGUAGUUUCUGCUUAGAAAAGGGGCAUAAUAGACAAACAUGCCCAAAAAGAAAGGCUAGCUUAGGAAAAUGAAAACUGUGAGCAGUUAACUGAAUUUUAAAUAUAAUGCAAAAUGUUUAAAUUGGAUUUUGGGUCAUGAAAGCAGGAAAAAGUUUGUAGAAACUGAUAUUAAUGAUACAAAAUAUUCUCUUGAAAUCCAAUGCUAUCACUGUAACCCACGGUUGGCGGGAACAAGCCCAACAGAUCUGAAGUACCUCUAUGCAACAAACUGUUAUAUUCAUUAGCACUGGCUGGGAAACAUGCUCUCUGCUA